GCAAAUUAAAAGCUUAUUGAUCAGAAAAUAAGAAAUCUCAUCAAUUUUUUUUUUGAUAUGGAUUCAAGAAUUAUAGCUUAUGGGGCACUUCUUUUCUCUCUUAAUUUUCUCUUUUUCACUUUGGUUAGCUCUACUUAUGCACCUGACUACACUAGUCACCCCACAUCAACAACAUCGAAGUCAAAAGAAUAUGCACCUGACAACAUUAGCAACCCAUCAUCGGCAACACCAGAGCAAAAAGACUAUGCACCCGAAUACCCUAACAAACCAUCAUCGACAACACCUGAGCCAAUAGACUAUACACCUGACUAUUCUAGCCAUCCAUCAUCUGAAACACCCAAGCCAACAGACUAUACACCUGACUAUACGAGUAACCCAUCAUCAACAACUUCAGAAUCAGUAAACUACACACCUGAUUACACUAGUAAAGCGUCAUCAGCAACACCAGAGCCGAUAAACUAUUCACCCGACUAUACUAGCAACCCAUCAUCAACACCAUCAGAGCCGAUAAACUACACACCUGACUACUCUAGCCACCCAUACAUAGAACCUGCUAAAUGCCCAAAGGAUACCCUUAAAUUAGGUGUAUGUGUCAACUUAUUGAAAAGUUUGUUGGGUAUUACACUUGGUACCCCACCACAUACUCCUUGCUGUAGUCUUAUCGGUGAUCUUGUGGAUCUUGAAGCUGCUGUUUGCCUUUGCACUACCAUUAAAGCUAGUCUUUUGGGCGUUAACUUGACUCUUCCAAUUGAUCUUAACUUAUUGCUCAACUAUUGUGGCAAACAAGUGCCAGAAGGAUUCCAGUGUGCUUAAACUAAUGUCAUUUUGAGUGGUUUCUAUGUUUUUUAUGAUGUGUUUAUUGAUUAUGCUUUUAAGUGUUUUUUUUAGAGGUAGGGAUUCUUCUUUACAUGCAAUUUAAAAUUGCAAGUUUAUUUUCAAUUGAAUUGUAUUUUUUUCCGAAUUAUAUAUUAAUUUUAUUUUUGAAUAAUUAAA